CGCAAGAGUUCGUCGGGGAGACGCUGCACCUCACCAGGAUCACCCGGGCCGAGAUGGGCGUCUACCUGUGCAUCGCCAGCAACGGCGUGCCGCCCACCGUCAGCAAGCGCAUCACCGUCGACGUCGAGUUCCCGCCCAUGAUCUGGGUGCCCAACCAGCUGGUGGGCGCGCCCGCGGGCACCAACGUGACGGUGGACUGCCACACGGAGGCGUUCCCGCGCGCCAUCAGCUACUGGGUGUACGACGGCCAGAUGGUGCUGACCACGGGCAAGCACUCGCCCGUCACCACCGAGAACUCGUACCGCUCGCACAUGCAGCUGACGGUGCGCGAUCUCCGUGCCAAGGACUUCGGCAGCUACAAGUGCAUCUCCAAGAACUCGCUGGGCGAGACGGAGGGCUCCAUCCGACUCUACG